AUGGCGUUCGCUCCUUCGGUGUCGGCCUUUUCUCUUCCACUGCAGACAUGGCGACAACCCGUUAGUCUGCGCACGGCUCAGUAUGAACCGAAGAAACGUAAAAAAGGGCUGAAUGAUUUGGGCGAUGCCGAUAUCGACACCGAGGGCGAAACAACGGAUGCUGCAUCGGAGACAGCGCCCUCUGGCCUCUCCCUGACAUUGUCGCCGGAUGAAGCGCAUCAGUACCGCAUUGCCGGACUCCCUUUUGACCGGGAAAUACCUGGCGGGAAUUUUCCUCACGGCCCGGCCAAAGAUGAGAAAUUGCCUCGACAGACCAAGGGAGAGAUUCUGAAAGAGCUGUCGUCCUUAUCGUCUCCUAUCUAUCCCCCGCAGUCUGCUGCUCAUCAGGGUAAUCUCCGACUCCAGCAUUUUGGCGUCCUCUCCUCUGUCCUGCACCGCUGCCUUCUCCAAAGGGACUAUAUCCGUGCUGGCAGGGCAUGGGGACUGCUUCUUCGCGAGGAGUAUAACGGGACUCCUCUUGAUGUGCGAGUCGAUGAAAGAUGGGGCAUCGGGGCCGAGAUAUUGCUCCGGCGCGGCCGUCAGAUAUCCGACAAUGCAUGUCAGGGAGACAAUGAAGCCGCUCAAGCGACAGAGCCGUCUAAACUUCUUUUCACCCGGAAAGGAUUCGAAGAUGCUAAACAGUAUUACGAAACACUAAUUGUUCAACAUCCCUUUCGAAAGGUAGCGCCGGAUGAUAUAAGCUCCUUGCACUUUUAUGCGGCCAUGUUCGGACUGUGGAUUUAUGUCACUCAAGAGGAAAAUCAGAUGGCUUUCCAAAAGAUCCUGGAGAAUCAAGAGAACUCGUCAGAGAUCUCGGAACAGGAAGAUGCAACGUCUGAUCUGGAUGGCCAGGGCGGCUCCCGCAAUAAAACCCGGGCCCUCCUUGCAGAAGUCAAGAAGAACGAACUCGGGGAGGCUCAGAGGAUUGCGGCUAGAAUGGACGAAAAACUGACGUCUCCUCCAUACUCUGACUCCUCUGACCUACUUGAACUCAGGGGCAUGGUUUCGCUGUGGAUCGGCGAUUUGUUCGUGUCUUCCUUGCCUUAUCCGGAGGAGAACGAUGAGUACGAUGUUGACAGAACGACGCUGGUAGACGACCAAAAUGACUCGAUCCAGAUCAGGCGAGAACAGAAACUAGCGGCGGACAAGAGGGGAAAUGAGAUGAAAAAGUCGCAAGUGUUCUUUGAGAAAGCUAGAAGGCGUGGCAAGGGGAUGGCUUCUACACUCGAGGAUUUUCAUAUCAAUGAUGAUGACGAUGACGAUGAUUUUUUCGGUUCAUGA